UCUGUCAUCUUCCACACAAAUGUCAUGCAACACCUCCUCCUUGCUCUUAUACAAGACACUGAGGAUAGUUCAUCUGGAGACAACAUCAUCAAAAACUCCUCCCCACAAAAAAACACCACCAAGAUUCAAGAACUCCCAAACAAAUGAAGAACCAUAGUACUCUUUCUUGGUUUAUUCUUCCCCUAAUCCUCUUCAUCACCUUCAAUCACUCCCAUGCAAAACAAACAGAAUCCAUUUCCAACACCCUGAGAAUCGAGCACUUGCUAAACAAAUUUUAUCAAUGGAGGAGUCAGCAGACACAAGAGAACCAACUAAAAUUAGCAACCCCUGUUGUUGUAGCAGGGGUUCUAUGCUUCAUAGCCGCCUCUAUAUCUAGCGCAGGAGGGAUUGGCGGCGGGGGGCUUUUCAUACCCAUAUUAACUAUUGUGGCAGGCGUAGACCUCAAGACAGCUUCAAGUUUGUCAGCUUUCAUGGUCACAGGAGGGUCAGUUGCAAAUGUUAUGUGCAACCUGCGCAGCACUUGCCCCAAAUAUGGUGGCAGGACAUUGAUUGACUUUGACAUAGCACUUCUGUCGGAGCCAUGUAUGUUGUUAGGAGUCAGUAUUGGAGUGAUUUGCAACCUUGUCUUCCCAGAAUGGCUUAUUACUAUGCUCUUUGCUACUUUUCUUGCUUGGUCUACCUCAAAGACCUGUAAAAAUGGUGUUCUGCACUGGAAAAUGGAAUCUGAAGAGCUGAAAAGAAAUGGGUGUGAAACAUUAGAGAAGAGGUCGGAUGAAAGUGAAGGGAUUGAAGCUACUAAAGAACCUCUUUUGGGUGUGAAAGGAGAUUGCAAAUUGAGGUUUCCAUGGAUGAAAAUGGGGGUCUUAGUUCUUGUCUGGUUUUCCUUCUUUACUCUCUAUCUUCUCCGUGGCAAUCGGCAAGGACAGGGUAUAAUUGAAAUAGAACCUUGUGGAGCGGGUUACUGGAUUAUCUCAUCACUCCAAAUUCCUCUUGCCAUGACUUUCACCGCCUGGAUCCUAUGCAAGAAGGAGCGCGUUCAACAUCAGGCUUCCAAUCAUGAGGAUGAAGAUCAAGACCUGAUUAGAGAAGGACCAUCAAACAAGCUCAUCUUCCCAAAUAUGGCAUUAUUAGCAGGUAUUUUAGGUGGUGUGUUUGGAAUUGGAGGUGGAAUGCUUAUAAGCCCACUUCUUCUUCAUGUUGGGAUAGCGCCAGAGGUAACAGCGGCAACAUGUUCUUUCAUGGUUUUCUUCUCUUCAACCAUGUCGGCAUUCCAGUACGUGUUGCUGGGAAUGGAACACACAGAUGCUGCCCUCAUCUUUGCCAUCAUUUGCUGUGCUGCUUCGUUCCUUGGAUUGGUAGUGGUGCAGAGAGCAAUUCAAGAAUAUGGGAGGGCAUCUCUCAUCGUAUUCUCUGUUAGCAUUGUGAUGGCUUUGAGUACCGUCCUGAUGACUACCUUUGGAGCUGUAGAUGUUUGGAGGAGCUAUGUUUCUGGGAAAUACAUGGGAUUCAAAUUACCCUGUUAAGAACAAUUUUUGUAAAUAGGUUCCUAAUAAGUUUUUCGGUUAAGCUACAAAGAAUUUUGUUUUCAAAUGAAGGGAAAUAAGUACUAAUUAAACAACUUGC